UCUUUCGCUAUGGACGGGGGUCUCGAUGCAUCCUGGCGCGCGGAUGACGACAAGUCCAGUGCUACUUCGAGUGACGAUGCAUCCUCAAAGUUCGACACGGAUUCUUUGCCGACUUACGGCACCUACAGCACACAGUUCCUCCAGACCAUCGUUGGCUUCCUCGUUCACAAUUUCCCGGUUGACUAUGAAUUUGACCCCUCUGCGCCGCACUUGCCCAGCAUGCCCCGUUUGCCCCCACUCCCAGAGUCGCGCCCUACGAGCCGGAACCCUCGCCUCAGCCAGAUCCGGUUUGGACAGGUACCCGAGCAAUCCGGCACUUCGCGCUACGUCAUCAGCCUGCUAUCGAGCAUCUUCCUCUCGCUUCCCUUCCCUAUUCUCAAGGCCCUGCUUGAGGAUUAUGUGCUCAGCAGCCGACUGAGUAGGGCGAGGAUCGCUCAGAUCGCACAGUCCGUAGUCGAAGAGCGCGAGAUCCGGCGCCGGAAGAUCUGGAAGAUCCAGAUGACGCACCCGAACGCAUUCGAGAGAGACGAUGCGCUGCGGCACAACCUGUUGUGGACGGAGCGCGUGGAGCGCGUGGAGCCCUCGCAGCAAGCCUUGGGCGGCUUCCGUUUGGCGCGCUCGCACCAAGGCAUUGAUACCCCUGCGUCGACUUUGUCGAACAAGAGCAGUGAGCGCGUCGGCUGAUGAUAACCUUUGCAACACACACACUCACACACACACGCACACCCAUGUCGAUGAUUUGCUGGCAUAUUUGAGGGGGAGAAAAAAAGGUUUGAUGGCAUCUGCAUAGCGAGCGGCAGGCGUCUAGGCACUUUUGCUUUUGUUUCGUCUCCACAUCAUCUUCGUUGACCGUUUUUCAUUUUUUGCUCUCUGGUCAAAAAGAGGGCCGCUCAGUAGUAGUAGCUUGGGUUUUUUUUUUUUUUUUUUUUUUUUUUUUUUUUUUUUUUUUUUUUUUUUUUUUUUUUUUUUUCUAUUUUUUCCCCUUUUUCUUCUUU